AUGAUGCAUCAUCAUUCAGAUUCAAAUAAGAAAUUAUUUAUACAAGAAAAUAAUGGUUCAUUAAUAGAGAAUGAUGAUAAUAAACGAAAAAAAAGACGAAAUCGUACAACAUUUACAUCAUAUCAACUUGAAGAAAUGGAACGUAUUUUUCAAAAAACUCAUUAUCCAGAUGUUUAUGUACGAGAACAAUUAGCUGUACGUUGUGAUUUAACAGAAGCACGAGUACAGGUUUGGUUUCAAAAUCGACGUGCUAAAUGGCGUAAACGUGAACGAUAUGUUAAUGCACCUCAAAUACAUCCAUUAGCUAUGGCAACAACAAAUCCUUAUGAUAUAUCAUUACUUUCAGUUGCUAGUAGUCAAUAUCCUUCAUUGACAACGGCUAGUAGUUGGUGUUCAUCAUCGGCAAGUUCAUUGAGUCAUCUUUCUUUUCGAGAUCAUCAUCAUCAUCAUCAUCAUCAUUCAUCAACAAAUUCAUCACCAUCAUCUAUAAUGAUGUCAAAUGCAUUACCAAAUUUUCUCAAUAUACCUUAUGCAUUUCCAUCAUUAUCACAAACAUCUACUUCAACAAAUAAUUUUAAUCCAUGUUCAUAUACUGGAUAUAAUAUCAAUUCAGAUCAUCGAACUACUUCGAUUGCAACAUUACGUCUUAAAGCUCGUGAACAUAGUGUAGCAUUUGGUAAUAUGUAA